AUGCCGCCAAAAAAGAAACAAAAGACGACAAAGGCUUUGCCUGCACCUUGCGAAGACGAAGAUCAAAGCGAGCCAGACCUUGGUCCCUCCAAGGCUCAUUGGAUUAAGGUGCAUGAUGCUUUGGCCCGAAUUUUCUCACACGAAUUAUUCAAAGACAUAUUGACAGCAGACCCUUUGUCUGUCAAAGAUGGCGGCAGAGAGGCAGCACUCGACGCUACUCAGGCUGCUUCGGCCUUGAAAAACGCUGGCGUCUAUAAGUGUGCCGCCAAUUUUUUCCAUCAAGACUUCCUUUUCAUGGCCACGCACAAAGUGCCUAUGAACGAAGCGCAGGUGCAGCAAAUCAAAGACUAUUGGUUUCCCAAAAAUGAACCGCCGUCAUUGUGCCCCUUUGUCAUCACAGUCGCUUUGGAAACCCCUGGCUGCAUCGGCCAACGUCCACAAAACGGUUUCCAACGUCUCAGUCCUCCAGAGCCGGUACACGCCUUGCUGUUUGCACUGGCUGAAGCCAUUGAAAGCAAAGCAAAAGUUGGAGUAUUGCGCGCUUUCAGAAGUUGCAUCCUCACUGCGACCUUUGUGUUCGAAAUCUGUCCUGUUGGUGAAGACCGCUACUGGCGUGCACAAAACAUUCGUGAAGAGAUGGUUGAAAAGGGUUUGUCGGUUCAGUUGUCAUUGUGUCAAGCAGUUUUGGAAUGGUGUGACCAAAACUGGCUCACUUCGUCUGCUUGGAAAUCAAUUUACGCCUUGCAAGCAUUGCUUGACAGAGGAGGCACGCCUGAGAUGAUUGCCUGGUCCCUGGAAGGGAUGGUGGAUGGCGUCCGCAUGUCUUUUCUAGAUGGUGGACACUUUGUUAUUAGCAAGCUGAAAGAUUCAAGGGCCAGCUACAUUGAAGUCCUCAAAAUGAAGCGCAAAACUUUGUUGCAUUUACUGAACACAUGGCUGAAUGACUUGAAGCUGGAGAAAAAAUGGAAAGACAACAUCAAGAGCUACUGCGGCUCCUAUGAGAUGUUGCGAAAGCAUAUUUCGCCAUACCCUGAUACGCAGGCUGAUACGGCCUGGUUGCUGGGUUGCCCGCCAAGUGUUUCUGAAAUUUGCGAGUUCCUGGAUCAACUUGCCUUUGGAUCCCACUAUGACGCAAGAUACAAGGAUGCAAUCAAGAGCAAACACGAGGCAGACAAGGUCAUGUGGAGACAGCACAUGCGCAAGAUCCUCAACCAGCAUGUGCGAUUUGUCGCCGAUCACCGCACCAAUGUGGAAUUGGAAAGUGCCUUGAAAGAAACACCUUUCAUGUCCUUGCGCGGAGAUCAAACAGGAAUGGCCCUCUUCCACUUUGAUUUGAAAAAAUAUGGCGAGCCCACCACACGGCCAGACUUGAGAACCCCAACCUUUCGUGAAAACCUCUACACCCGGCUUGUCAAGAGCGUUCUUGCUGCGCGGCAAGACGCAAUGGGCACUCCCAACCCCAACCUUCAGGCAGGGGAAGUUGCAUUGAUUUUCGAUGCAGGAAAAAAAGGACUUAUGAAAAAGUUGCUCAGCCCAUGGAAAGAAGGAACAGCCAAAACCAAAGAGGAGGACGAAGAAGCGGAGGAUGAUGGAGAAGAAGAUGCAGAAGAGGAAGAUGACAAGCCGACCUUUUGCGUAGACAUCCUGAUGAUUGGAUAUUCAGAGUCGUCGCUAUCCGCACGAAAGAAGCGGCUCCGUGGAACUUGCACUCUGAAGCAGAUGGAGUCAUGUCACAUUUUGUCAUCCAAAAGGUUGUCCCUGCCAAGCCGUGACAGAAAGCACUACGCAGGUUCAACCACUGGCGACUUGAUUUCCAACGUGCACAUGCCUGCUUGGUCUUCUGAGUGGCAGCUGCCUUGGAAAGAAAAAAAGGAGCUUUUGGGGAAAAAACACAUGAUAGCUGUCGGAGGUAAGACACAAAACAAGGAGGAAGAGAAGCAGAACAGCAGAUCCAGCAAUGGCUUGGAGCCAGUUUGCUUUCACAGUCCACCCUAUGAGCUCUGCGACGAGUUGAUCCACGACUUUUUCGCGAAGAUCAUUAUCGAUCUGACACCUCUGGACGGCCGCAUGGCUUGGGCUGCCUUGCGAAAUCGGGUAGGGUAUGUCGGAGUUGCCUUCAACCCGGAGCACCAACGCCUUCUUGAAGACCGGCUGCUUGCUUUGCUUGAAAAGGAAAUGACAAACCCUGAGUCCAGCUUGUUUUCGUCAGCUUACAGUGAAGCCGUCGGCGGUGGCAGUGGUAAGGCACCUGUGAAUCAGACCGCAAAACCGAAGGCAAAGGUAAAGGCAAAGGCCAAAGGCAAGGGAAAGGCCAAACCAAAGGCUAAAGCAAAAUCCAAAGCCAAGCAAUCAAAGGAUGAGCAGGAGGAAGGCGAAGAGGAAAAGGACGACAAUGACGAGGAAGACGACGACGUCUGGGAUCCUUUGGGAGACGACGACGAUGACAAUGAAGAGGACUAA